AUGAGCGGAGCACCUAAUCCAUCCGGAGGAUACGCAGGGUCUGGCUACGGCGGCAGAGGCGGAGGUUCAUAUCGAUCAAGCGAAGACCGCGCCGCUGCAAAAGAACAAAUGAUGCAAUCGGUGCGCGAAUCAUCUCAGCAAGACCGCCGGGUCUAUGUUGGCAAUUUGGCUUACGACGUCAAAUGGCAUCACCUUAAAGAUUUCAUGAGACAAGCUGGAGAAGUUCUCUUUGCCGAUGUCUUACUACUUCCAAAUGGAAUGUCGAAGGUGGGCGCCAUUGUGAUUGUGGAAUACGCAACUAGGGAUCAAGCCCAACAAGCUAUUCAAACACUUAGCAAUCAGAAUCUGAUGGGCCGUCUCGUCUAUGUCCGUGAAGACCGCGAGACUGAACCACGCUUCAUCGGUCCACCAGGAGGCCGUGGCGGCGGUGGCAUGGGCGGACCACCACGAGGCGGUUUCGGUGGUGGGGGAUACGGAGGUGACGGCUACGGCGGCGGACCAGGUGGUGGUGGCGGCGGUGGCCGUCAACUCUACGUUUCCAAUCUCCCCUUCAAUGUCGGCUGGCAGGACUUGAAAGACUUGUUCCGUGGCGCUGCUCAGGAAGGUGGUGUCAUGCGAGCCGACGUCCACAUGGACGCCACUGGACGACCAAAAGGUACUGGCAUUGUUGCAUUUGAGUUUGCUAACGACGCUCGCAAUGCUAUCAAUCAGUUCAAUGGCUACGACUGGCACGGCCGCGCCCUCGAAGUCCGUGAGGACCGCUACGCAAGCAGUGGACCAGGUAUGGGCUUUGGUAGCCGCGGUGGCUUCGGUGGUGGCUACGGCAUGCGAGGCAGUUAUGGCGGCGGCCGAGGCGGGUUUGGAAGCCGUGGAGGGUACGGAGGUGGCGGCUACGGGCGAGGAGGCUAUGGAGGAGGUGGUGCUGGUGGUUAUGGCGGCGGCGGUGGUGGAUAUGGUGGCGGCGGAACAGCUGGUGCUCCUCAGGAGCCCGUCGCUCCCAAUCCUUUCACCGACUAUGCCACCUAUGGAGGGGAGAGGAGUGAAAUCAUCUUUGUCCGAAACCUUCCGUGGUCUACCAGCAACGACGACUUGGUCGAACUCUUCACGACUAUCGGCAAAGUCGAGCGCGCCGAGAUCCAGUACGAACCGAAUGGACGCUCGAAAGGCACUGGUGUGGUUCAGUUCGACAGCGCAGAAAAUGCCGAGACUGCCAUCUCAAAAUUCUCUGGUUAUAUGUACGGCGGACGUCCCCUUGGCUUGACCUUUGUCAAGUACACCAAUGCAAAUGGCAACGAAAUGGAAGGGCAAGAAGCCACUGGAGGAAUGACACAAGAUCAAAUGAUGUGA